AGGCCUAUGUAAAUUUGGUGGCGCAUGCUGGGCGCACAAAGCCAAAGAUAGAGUAACAAAUCAGGAAUUUCCCUCCUGCCACUCCUGAGAGCGCAAGAGAGGACAAAAGUUACGGAUUUAGCGCUUCUCCUCAGAGGGGGGAAAAGCGAAAGGCAGCUAACUUUGUGUCAAGACUUUGAUCGUAUCUACACUUUCCCACGCGCGUACAGGACAUUAUUUUAUAAAAAGUAGAGUUUGUUUUUGUGUCAUUAUGAGUCUGGACCCAGGAGCUUUGCACGAUGGCCUCUUUUAGACACUUUGAUGGAAUAAACGUCGCACUGCAGGACACCAAGCAUCACCAACAAUACUGUGAUUUGCAAGUUUUAUGACUUGUUUUCCAGCUGCUCGGUUUGGAUUGCUGUCGCUGGGCACUUUUUUUUAAUGCUGCUGAGUUUCUCGAUGGCGUAGGUGGUGUGCAAGAGGUUUUCAAUCACCUUUUUGGACAUUUUGGAUUUGAUAUUUACCAAGCGGACACAUCUGGAUUAUUAAAAGACAUCGGAGUUGUUUGAGAAGCAGUGAAAAGCCAUCGUCAUCACUUUUGGAGAAAAGGAAAUGCGGAGUGCGAACGACGUGUAGAAGGAUGCUGCUGCUUGUACAAUGGAAGUGAAGAACUCUUUUGCUGUUGUUGCGGUGGUUUGUCUUUUCUUUUGCUCCACUUUCAGCCAGGAACUCAACCCCAAAGGCAGGAAUGUAUGCAAAGCACCUGGAUCAUCAGGAUUUGUGUGCUGCAGCGGAUGGGGGCAGCUAGGGGAUGAAUGCCUGACACCUCUCUGCGAAGGCAACUUCACCUGCAAGGAAAAUGAGGUGUGUGUCAGGCCGAAUGAAUGUCGCUGUCGCCAUGGAUACUUUGGAGCUAGCUGUGACACUAAGUGCCCUGCCCAGUUCUGGGGCCCUGACUGCAAGGGGAAAUGUAACUGUUACCCCAACGGCCAGUGCGACGACUUGACCGGCCAGUGUACCUGCAACCACAACCGUUGGGGACCUAACUGCGAGAAUGCUUGCUUAUGCCAAAAGGGCAAGUGUGACCAAGACACUGGCAAAUGCACGUGCCACCCUGGCGUCUGGGGUCCCCAGUGCAACAACAACUGCUACUGCAGCAUCAACUCUGUCUGCGAUGCGAUGACAGGACGGUGCAUGUGCAAUCCAGGUUGGACGGGGAGGAACUGUGCAAUCCAGUGUAACUGUAACAAUUCACCAUGCGACCAGUUCACGGGGCGCUGCCAGUGCCGGGAGAGGCUGUGGGGCCCACGGUGUGAACGGUACUGCCAGUGCAUCCACGGCAAGUGCAACCAGGCCGACGGCUCGUGUACUUGCACCCCAGGGUACCGUGGGAAGUUCUGCAGGGAACCAUGUCCUGCCGGGUUCUACGGUCAAAACUGCAGGAACAGGUGUGGGCACUGCAAGGGCCAGCAGCCCUGUAAGGUGACAGAGGGACGCUGCAUCACCUGUGACAGAGGCUGGAACGGGACACGCUGUGACCAGCUCUGCUCGAAAGGCUUCUUUGGCGAAAACUGCCAGGAAGUGUGUCCCACCUGUAAAGACGGUCACCACUGCGACCCCAUUCAUGGCAAGUGCUCCCACUGUAACCCUGGCUGGAUUGGGGACAGGUGCGAGGUGCGCUGCCCCAACGGCACAUACGGCGAGAACUGUGAGAACAACUGCAGUCACUGUUUUAACGGCAUCUGUCAUGUUGUCACCGGAGAGUGCCUGUGUGACCCGGGAUUUUAUGGCACCUACUGCAAUAUGACCUGUCAACCUGGCCAGUACGGAGUGAACUGCAACCAAACCUGCUCCUGCAACGACAAGAACUGCGAUCCUGUGUCUGGCGCUUGCUAUCUCCAGCCCAACCAGCGGAUGGGUGUGAUCGCGGCUGGAACCCUGGUCUCCUUUUUACUGAUCGUCCUGCUCUCGCUGCUGUGCUGCUGCUGCCUGUGUCGACACAAAGACGACCACAACAAAAAAGCCAAGCGGAUCCUGUGUGGACGAUUCAGCCGAAUCAGCACUAAACUUCCCCGUAUUCCACUGAGGCGACAGAAACUGCCCAAAGUAGUCGUAGCCCACCACGACCCAGAGAACACCUUCAACUGCAGCUUCAUCGAGCCCCCCUCAGUGGCCGAGCAGCCCUCCCCCUCCUCCUGGUCGUCCCAGGAGUCCUUCUCUUCCUUCGAGAGCGGAGACGAGGGGCCAGUUUACUGUGUGCCCCAUGAAGAAUCUGUGAAUGAAAGCAAAGAGAAGCGCAGCCCCAGCCCAGCAACAGAGAAGCCAGAAGCUGUCCCUAAUGAGGAUGAUGCAGGGGAGUACACCUCCCUGAAAGACACCAGUGUCACCAAAGCAGAAGGCAGUGAGCAGCCCCUCCUCAAGUCCUCUGACAGUGAAGGCUCCACCAGUGGCUCUGAGUCCACUACUGCAGCCCUCUACGCCCGCAUCGCCCGCCUCUCCAAGCAGUCCAAGGAGGACGAUGGCAGUGGCAAAGAUGGGGAUGGCACUCCUACACCAGAGGCGAAACGCAAUGGAAAGCCACCACCUUCACCCGGCAAGCCCAAACCCCGCCCACCAGACCCGUCCACUAAGCCAAAAGUAUCCUGGAUACAUGGAAAUACUACAGGGUCUCCCCAGCCAGAGCAGCAGGGGCAUGGGGGAAUGAAGGCACUUGCAGUGCCAAAAGAGAAAAAGAGGAGCUCCAGUGAUGGCUCAGCCAGGAGCGAGGAGAGGAAAAUGAAGGAGAGGAGCCGCGAGCAACAGAAGAAACAAGAGGGGAAGGAGGCAGACGUCAAUGGCUCCCCCAGCAAACACAAACCUCUGCGAGGUAAGAAGUCUGGGGAUGAGCACAGCAGUCCCAGUCACAUGGAGCACAUCAAUGGCGUGGUUCAGAAUGCCCUCAAGAAGAUAAGUAACUUCCACAGCUCCUCAUCCGAGAAGAAGAGCACUGACAGCCCAAAGGAGACCCCCAAGGAGCCACCCAAAAGCCCCAAGGUCAUCCACCCUCAUAUGAACUCUGAGGCUGCCACGCUCCUGGCUGCUCAGCUCAAGGAGAAAACCCAAAGCAUCAACAGGAACGAGGGGACAGGUCUGACGAAGACCAAUGGUCUCUCCACACCCAAGGGACACAGGGAGAAGCCAACACCCCCACAGAAAGCCAAGAGGACCCCCUCCAGCAGUUUGGGCCAGCAGGGCUCCACCAAGCCCCUUCUGCCCACCUCCAGCAGCCUCCAGAAGAUGGUGGCACCCGUCGCCACCGACUUCGGGACCCCUGAAGCCAAGAGCCCGGAGAAGCAGGACUUGAACGGCUCGAGGGCAGGGGACCCGAUGUUGGAUCCCACACCAAAGAAGACUCCCAUAAAAAAACCACCCAGGAAGAAAGGCAAAGAGGGUACUUUGGAGACAUCGGAAAGUAAAACACCGCAGCAAAAGACAGCCAUUAUGCCACCACAGGUAGUGAAAUAAGCGUUUUUAAAGACAAGUGGCCAAAGUUUGCGAUGGAUUUCCAAAAGACUAAAAUGGAUUUGUUGGACGGUGAACCACGUAGUUUUUCAAUCAAGGAAUUUUGACAUUUGUGUGAGCGUGCUGUGACUCCAGGACCAGUCAAGAGUGAGAAAUGCUUUUUAAAUCGAGGGCUGUUGAGUCGUAUUGGUGAGUUGUAUUAUAAUGACCUCUAUACACCAUAGUAUUUCAUUUCAAGAAUCCUUUUUUUUUUGUGUAACGACUAUGUAUCGAUCUCACACCACGACCUGUGGCUACGCCGGACACAACUGUGAGAACGGUGGUGCACAGACAUAAUCCAUAGUUCAUUCAUCUCUAUUCCUCUGCAGUAUGUCCACCACUAUAUUUAUAUAUGCAUUGCUUUUGAGGUUGCAUAACUGUAAUUUGCAAUGCAGGUGUCGGAAAAAUAGCUAUUUUUUAUGUACGCUCUCCGAAGGUACUAAGGGUACUAAAAGUAACAAGGAAAUUAGAUCCUCUGAGGAUUGCAAGCUAUUUUGUUUUUGUUUGUUUUGUUUGUGGACCAGCAUGCAUUAAUACAGUUCUAUACCUUAAGCCACCCUCCUCGUUCUUUAUGUCUCGGCUGUUUUUGCAGAUGAGGGUCUGCUUGAUUCUUGUUAAUUAAGAGCAACACUUAAAUAGGUUCAGUGUCAUUUGUUGGAGAAGCAAAGAAAGCACCUUUUUAUUUUCCUCCUAUAUUUUGCUACCAGAGCAAUAUUCAGGUUAUUGUACCACAUUAUUAGGGAUGCUAUUCUUUAAUCAGCUUAAUUUGGCUAUGUUCGCAUUACAGUCUUAAUGCUUAAUUCUGAUUGUUUCCCCUGAUGUGAUCUUUCAGCCAAGACUGUUUACACUCAUGUUUAAGGUGACCCAUAUUUGACAGCAGUGUGAACAGAUUUCUGCUGAGAGUUUGAACAGAAAACAUCACAUUUUCGCAACAGGCAUUUGGGGGAAAAAAUGAAUAACAUAGCAAUACAAGCUUCAUCUCCCAAAUGACCACCAUAGAAGGAAGGUCUGAUGACAUCAUUCUGCAUAAUAAGUAUGAGCAAUGGCCAUUUGGAGAAAUAUGGGCAGAUGUUGUCAGGAUAACGGACUGCUUUCGGUCUUCUACCUCUAUUAGCAGCUUAUCAGUCCCUCCAGGAUUUCACAAACUGUUUUUGUGAUUGAUGCGGCCUGAAACGUUUUCACGGCAGCUUUUCCAAAGAAUUGCAACGUGUGCUGCAGUGUUUUUAGACAUUGUUUUGCAGUGUUGUAGCAGUAGUAAGUGAGGAUUGCAAAUCUAGUUGCGAUGCUGUCAUGGAGUCUAUUAUUAUGAGCAUUCAGUAUUUCCCCCCGAAUUAAAAUGUAUUUGUAAUGGUAGAGGGGUGGAGGACUGAUGGUGGACGAUCAGCUGUUGAUGUGUUUGACAGAGCUCUGAAGGACCGUCUCCAUACGGUGGGCUGGGAAAUUAAAUCAAUUAAUACAAACACUGUUUUCACUGGAUUCUUCCCAUAGAGCUGACAUGAACACUAUUUCGGUUCAGUAAAUGUCUGCUGUCAGUCAAUCUGGUGAAGGCAGUUUUAGCGGCCACUGUCCUCUUAACUUCACAGGAACCGCUGCUGACAGGCAGCCACUACCAAUAACCAUUGGGUAACAUUAGUAGUGUGAUGCCAACAGUUAUCUCUGUCACUGCGUAUGUGACUCUGGCUCAGGUGCAGCGGUAGUGUCAUGAUAAAUGAGAGCUAGUGGGGCAGCUCUGCAAUGCAAUGAGAUUUUAGCCGUUUUAAGUAGCCAUUAGUAGUCAAAUAGUCAAUUGUUGCAAUUACAACAUUGUAAAAUCCUGGAGGGACUGGCUAUUGCUGGUAGUGCUGUGAGACAGAGGUGUGGGUGUGGCCAGGAGCGGUGAGGCCGUGAUGUGGAGGGUUUCAUGGAGAAACAGUUUCUCCAAAACCUUAGGAUGACCAGGUCUACAUUCCAACAUCUCUGCUGGCACCUCAUGACAAUGCUGUCACGGCAGGACUCAAAAUGUAGGCAAGCUGUCGCUGUCAGAAAGCAUCGGGCAGUCAGACUUUAUCAGCUGAUGAGUGUGGCAGCAUACUGCAGCAGCAGUACAUCUGCGUCAGCCUUCUGUAGAUCCAACAGCCCACUCUGACACUGUGUGAUGUGCUUGUGCAGUAAAGUAUGGUGUUAAAAAACAUCAAUAUAUGGGAAAACACACAUGAAUUCGGUCGCGUGGCCAGUGAUCAGAUAUGUAUCAGGUUUAGGACCACCUAUGACAGCCGCCCAAAUCUAAUUGGAAAAAAGCAGAAAGUCUGUGUCAUAACUACUCUGGAGAAGUCUGAUCUGUGGCAUGUGAAAGUAAAAAGAUUGGAAUUGGGCCACAUUUGCUUGUAACGUGAGCGUAGCCUUUGACACCCCAAAGUCAUUGUCCUCUGUGCUUGUGAAUCACCUUUAAUUCCUCACUGAGCUUUAGUGUUGCUCUCAAGGCUCUUCCCUACAGAACUGUUACAUUUUUGGAUUUAAAGUCUUAGCUCUCUUUUGUCCAACUCUGUCAGACAUGGUUUGUUGAAACCCAAACUAGCUCUUUGAUCUUCCUGCAAAAAAAGGGGCCAUUUUAAACCUCUUUCAUACUUCGGCUAACACCAAAUCACCAGAAUGUGCUCUUACUGUACGUUUCAUUCAGUCAGCGAAACCACUAAACCAAAAAUGAAAUCCCGAGCUAUCCUAUGUCCUCACUUUAUGUCAUGCUUAUAAAUCACUUUAAACUCACUACUUUCAAUGCGAUACAGCAACAUCUGCAGUUUCCCACUGCAGUAUUUAAGAAAACAUACUGCCGGACAAUCCCCUCGCAGUAAAUCAGAUGCAAUUGAUAGUUUAGUUUAAGUAGUGGCUGUUAGUGUCCUCUGCAGAUCUGACUACAGAAAGAGACUGCCAUGUGUCUUUAUCUGCUCUUUCAGUUUAGUCGAGAAACUAGGUCAAUAUCGCCACUGUCAUUUCACAUGAAUUGGUUUAUGCCAUCGGGGUAUUGUGAGGGAAAAAAAUCUUGUCAAAGAGGUUUUGUCCCUUAAGGAUGAUAUUAUCUUAAGCUAGUAGACUCAUGCUGAAGUAACAGGGUGCUUUAAUUUCAUUGUAAGACUUUAAGGCUAAAUGGUACCAUGCCUCAAGUGUUCAAAUGUGCCUCAACUGUGGAUCAGUUUAAGCAAAAGAAGCCAUGUUUGCCUGAGCGUUAUCGCUCUCUUAAGUGUUGGUCCUACAAUAAGUAAACCAAAAACAGGGUUGGGGUGGGAUACUUAAACUGGACAAAUUCAGUUUAUUAAGAGGCUUUUUAUUUCAGUUAUUGGUGGAUUGCUAUUUUGAAAGUAGCCUUCCAAACAUGAGCUAUAAACAACGGAUGAUAGGUAUGUAUGGUAACGUGCCAAAGGUAUGUUUCAGGCUGAGGAAUAUUUUACAUUCACAGCUAAUUUGAAAAUUUGUCUCAGUUUUACGUGUUUUUAUCAAGGUACAACACAUUUCUUUGGUUAUUUUUUCAACAUUUUCUACUUGUAUACAUUGUGUACUUUUUAUUAUCUUUGUAAGCUGUGCUUAUAUGACCUUUUUAGUCUGUUUUCCUUGGUGUCAAUGAACUGGCUUUCAUGUUGUAUUUGCUUUUUUUUCUUUUUAUGGUAUGUUGCUUAUUUUGAGCUCUGAAGCAAACCUGCAGUAUGAGUACUUUCCAUCUUGUAAAGUUUACAUUGGCUUUGUAAUUGUUCUCUGUUGAUGUUAUUGUUUGUGUAACACUUAACUGCAUGACGCAGAGUGUAAUUAUAUGGCAUUAAUAGCUGCACCGGAAAUCUGUAAUCUUCUUGUUCCAUCCAGUUGUUAUUAUUGCCUCCCAUAAAGGAAAAAAAACUCAUACGGAAAGGAUUGUACAAUACUACUAUGAUACCACUGUUGAAACAAUUGCAUAUUCUUAAAACCAUAACAUUGUGUAAUUAUGAAGUGGCAAUUUUUUUUAUCUGACUGGCCCGUGCCUGUUUUUGUAGGCGUAUAGUGCAUUUUUGUAAAGAAGGGCCUGAAAAGCUGCAAAAACGUUACCAACUGUAAGGUAUAUUUUGUCUUUUAUGGUUUUGUUUUUAGCAACUUUGAUUUCCAUUUGUGUAUGGUGAUUAAAUUGGUGUUUCCUCAUUUACUUCUUGGAAUAAAAAGCAAUACAUGUA